GACUACGGGCCGCCCCCAGUGACGGCACGUAUGCCGGAACCUUAUGCUGAGCCUUAUGGAGAUCCAUAUGGCGUGCCGCCUCCUCCCACAGGAGCUUAUCGAGGUGCUGACAGUAUGGUUUAGCGACCCCUCGCGCGUCGUCUCACGUCUCGCUGUCUCCAGUGCAGCCUCAACCUGCUAAAACUGUUCAAUUCGAUUUGACCGAACACGGCUCGGAGGCUGGAUAUCAUGAGCCUCCCGAGUAUGCUGCCGGUCCUUUUACUUCUUCUGAUCCACGUAAUAAUAUUCAAAAUGAUCUUUACACGAACGAUUACAAUAAUGACGAACACGACUACGAUUCCCGACACGAUGAUGAUGCACGUCGUCACAGCCACAAAAGUCGGGAAGGCCGCGAACGUCGACGAAGACGAUACCGUCCACGCGUUGAUGGGUCUGAAGCUGAUCCUGAUGGUACUGCACCUGCUGCUGCUGCUGCUUCUCCUGGCUCGUCCAAGAAUAGCCGUCAUCAUCGCCACCACCACCACCGUGAUCGUGAUGGUGAUCGUGGUCAUCGCGGACACCACAGCGACGAUGACUAUACGUCUCGAAGAAAGAAAAAACACAGCAGUCGUCCACAUGCGCAUGGACGCACGUCCCGCACACAUUCUGACACAGACUCCAUUUCAUCAAAUGACACGAUCGAAAUGCCUGAUCGCUUUGACAAGGACGGGCACAAGGUGCACGAAACGGGAGAUGAUCCGCUCGCCGAUCGAUUACAAGACUUGCUCAGUGGCCACGGCGGCAGUGGCGGUGGUGGGUUCGGCGGCCUUUUGAAGAGUCUUGCUGGGGAAUUUAUCGGUUGAUUUGACACGGUGUUUGGGUGGUGGAGUGGAGGUAGGGGGGAAGGGUUUAGUGA